CAAGGACUCAUUAGAGAAGGACAAAACACAUAACAUAAUAAACCUAAUGUUGUCGUUCUGUGGUAUAUCACGAGCAGCUAUACGCCUGGCCUCGUAUGCAAUCCGUAGCCCUUCCAUUUUGGCAUUUUCCUCCUCAUUCUCCACCACAACUUUCAGAUUCAAUGAAACUAUAUCACAAUCAGCUACUACUCCAGCACCAUUCAAAGUUGACGUUUUCGAUGAAGCAUUUUUAGCCAGAGAUACUGAGAAGCCACUUUUUUCUAGAAAAACCUAUUUGCUUGAUUACUACAAGUACUUGAACGAAACCAAUGAAGUACUUUUAAUUGUUCAUCACAACAACUUGAACCAUACUGAAGGAGUCAAGUUAAGAAGAGAAGUCGUUGCUGCUGGAGCCAAAAUGCAUAUUGUUAAGGGAUCCAUGUAUCGAUUAUAUUUGAGAUCUGCUCACGAAGUUGAUCCAGCAGCCAAGGGAAUGACUGAAAAGAACAGAGAUGUGCAACACCCAUUACUUCCAUUAUUCUCGGGUCCAACUGCCAUUUUCUCCAUUCCAGCUUGUGAGCCAAGUGUAAUUGCUGCCCUUAUGAAGGUUAUUAAUAAACAUAAGGAAAAGUUAUUCUUGGUUGGUGCUAAGGUCGAAACUCAAGCUAUGAGUGCAGCCGAAGUAAUGAACUUGAAGGACUUACCAAACAAGAAACAAUUGCAAGAACAAUUGGCUGGUUUAUUGACUGUCCUUGGUGGUGCUGGGUUAGUCAGAACUUUGGAAUCACCUGCUAAUAUGUUGUAUUUGACUGUUCAACAAAGAGCUAAAGAUCUUGAUCCAGAUGCCGAAAAGGAAGCCACUGAAGAAGUUGUUUCCAAUUAAUGUAAAUAGAAACAUAACCAUUUGUAUAUAGACAAAUAUAGUAGUUUGUCAAUGAAAAUACAUUCAAUAAUGUUGUAUG